CUGCAGCACCAUCGAUAUCACCAUAAAUCAGCCAAUCAGAACGCUUGGCACGCUUGGUUCACUGUUCCGCCAGUUCCGCUGCUCUUUAAAGCGAACUUUGAAACCUUUAUUGCCUUUACACUUCACUGUAGUUGUUGUCGUCCCUAGACUCAUUUCCAACAUUUUAUGCGACACUCUUUUCGUACGAUGCAUCUCGCCGAUAAUUUCCUAGCAUUGUUCGUCCAUCUUGUUGCGUUCUCCCCCUGCCAUUGCUUCGACUGGUUUGGGUUCUACGGUGGUCAGCCGGCGACGGUGGCCGUUGUCGACGACCCGAAGGACUUCAACAAGGACGGCACUGCGGUGUCUGUGCCUUUCGAGAUGAGCACUUCGGACGAAGACUUCCUCAAGGAGGGGAAGAAAUACGGCUUGCAGCUAUCCAAGCUCGAUGUGUGUCAUCACAAGGUCUUCUUAAACCUGAAGGCUUCCUGUUCUUCAUUGAGUGAGGAAGACAUGGGAAAAUUGAGCGUGCGCUUGCUGAACUGCCAAUCUGCAGUCGAGGGGCGUGCAACCUUUCCUUGCACCGACGACAUGUCCCUGCGAGAAUGCACCAAGGGCAUGGACCAGCACACUUGGAAUGCGUACCACCUGGUGAGCAACCGUGCAAGGGCAGUCUGCUACAGCACCAGGCAGCAGCAGUUCCAUGUCAAAACGGAAAUGACCAUUAACAAGCUGGUCUGGUCUUCUGACCAGCAGGCAAGAGCAAUGUCUGAGUUUGAGCGUAGCCAGCUCAGGGUGAGUGAGAACCAAGAGGAGCUGAUGGCUCAGCAGGAGAAGCUCAAGAGCUCCCAGCAGAACGUUCAGGUCUUUGUGGCUGAGAACCUCAAGGAGCUGACCGUCGAGAAGGCCCUGAUUGCUGCGGGCCAGCGGGAGCUUGCCCGCAUGACCGACAGCAUCCGCAAGAAGCUGGAUGCUGCCAGCAACAUAAUGCUCACCAAUGAGCAGCAGCGCCAGAUUAGCCACAGGCAGCUCGUGAAAGAUCUGUCCACGGUUCAAGAGUAUGCCAAGUUUCUCCAGGAGAAAUUGGACAUCGGUGCUAAAGACCUUCACAGUCACCACAAGGAGACCUCGGUGCAGUUUGAGGACACGCUGAGCAACCUGUCUAAAAUAAAUGCGAGCAUUGAGUACCUGCAGAAGAUGGUUGAGGAGACCAGGGUUGAGCUUGGCGACAAGCUGGGCUGGGUGGUACGCUACCUGCAUGGCUCCGGCGAGCGCCUGACCGUGCUGUUGUGCUGCGUGCUGCACGCCUGCUACCUCCUGGUGGCCAUGUUCCUGGCAGCCUUCCUGCACGUUCCCAUGACCUCGCGCUUCUUCCUCCUGCUCCUGGUGCCCAUGAACGCGCUCUCGGAGCUCCAGGAAGGCUCCAGCCUUCACUUCGGGGCCCUGACCGUGCUCCUGGCUAUCUUUGUGCUGGUUGACUAUGCACAUUGUGCCUUUAGAAGUCGCCGCAGGCGCUGCUGUGUUCCUGCACUAGAAGCAAACGGGGUGCAAAAAGUUCCUGUGGCUAGCAGGUUCUCCUCCUGCACGACACAGCCACACGAACAAGAUUACUCGACGCCACUGGUUGAUGGCGAGGCAGCCUCCCCGAUUGUUGAGCCUCUACCUGACGUGGUGGAACCUGUCCCAGACAGUCCCCGUGGACUGCCACGACGUUGGCGUUGGGAGCGGGCCAGUCGUAGUUCCACUCCAAUCCGCGACCAAAUCUUGCCAGCCCCCGAAGAACUCAGUGGGGAGCGCAACUGCGACGGCAUCCCCCAUGAACCCCGCUGGUCCUCGUCGACACACAACAUCGAGUCCAACGACCUGCCACUCGAGGCAUCGACCCCCGACCACCGCGCCAGUCUGGACAUUGGCAGCCCUGUCAAGAGGGAUCUCCUGAGCUUUCUGGACCUGCCUCAUUCAAACACGCGGCAAUCUUCUCCAGCAAGAAGCUUCAGCUCGACCACCAGCAGCCGAUCUCGCAGGCUGUGCAGUGCCCUGACCAGAGCGGGCACUCCGUGCAAGUGCAGCUGCGUCAGGGGGAAGGACGUCUGCCACAACCACCAGUAGAAGUCCUCCCCUUGAUCCUCUUCUUUCCUUCCCUUUUCUUUCUGUAUGGACGAAUCGUUUUUCUCUUGAUGGAUGUCGCUUUUAGCAUGUGGAUUUGGGGUAGUCUAUGGAUGCUUGAUAAUUAUGUAUGUACUACAUGUGCUUUUUUUUAACCUUUUUGUGCCUUGCAUUUUUGUCGUGAUAGAUUUUUAGUCAGUGGAAUCAUCGAUGCUUGAUGCCUGCAGUGCUUUUUUUAAUUUUUCUGUAUCUUUUAUGUGAAAAUAUCUUUCAGUCACAAACUGUGGCAUCAUUUCACUGAGAAGUGCCUAUCUUCUACUUUUUUUUUUUUUAUAUCGGCGUGUCACCGAUUUGUUUAGUAGGUUUUUUUUUUCUGUCCCUUUUAACCUCUAGAUGUUAGGAAAACUUGGGAGUUAAUGUGCCAAACCAACAAAGGGCAUCAGUAUGCCCCAGCAAAAGUCAAAGAUUAAUUUAAAAGAGACUGUCAGUCUUCAAGGUGUAACUACUAAAAUGCCUUUUCUAGAGCAAGAAAAAAAAAUGGAGAUAACACGCAAAUGUUAGACUGUCAUGGGAAAUGCUAGAGAUCUAAGGAAAUAAAUUACCAUACAUGGAAAAAUCUUUUCUUUUUUUUUUUUAUUGAAGUUUAGUUUAACAUUUUUUGUUUCUUAUCGCACAUCCUCGUGGUCUUGCGGACAUGUUUUGUGGGACGGUAGAUACCUUGUAAAGAGUGCAACACUAAGAAAACCAGGGGAUGCUUUGCAGCACUUGCAAACUGCUUGCUUCUACCUACAGUCAGUUCACACGAUGGAAAUCUUUCCAAAUGUUUGCCCAGAAACUAAGCACUUCACAGAUGUCCCUGAAAGUCACCACUUUGAUGUUAUCCUACGGUAGUACCUCUAAAAUAGACCUUUGACGAAAACUUCAGCUAUCGGGGUGCAGGCACGGAUUUUUCCGCUCAUUUUGUUGCUAUCGUUGCGAGUCAUGCUUCACAGUUUUAAUGUUUCACUCUUUUUUUGCGUGCUGUAUGAGCAGGUCAUUUUUUAUUGCAAAACAUUCCAUUGAGCAACCUUUUCUUUUUACUGGUCAUUAAGUCGCUUUAGUGUGUGGUGAAGAUAAAAGAAAAAGACAGCCAGCAGUCACAAAUAAAAAAAAUAAUGGCAUAUUGUUCUAGUCCUUAUGCAUUGUUGAAGAUGUUUAUCUUGUCAAUAUAUAUUUCUUUUUAAAUUUGGUUAUGUAUGUUACUUAGUCGAGGCAAAAAACAAUCGUAAAAUAUAAAUAAGGGAAGAACAUAAAAGACGAGGACAAACAACACGGGAAAAGUCUUGUUCGUCCUCGUUUUUAUGUUCUUCCCUUAUUUAUAUUUUACCCCUACCAGCACGCUCUUCAUUACAAGUAAUUAUAAAGUGUUUGUGGGAUUUCGUCCCACAAACACUUUGCAUGUAAAGCAAGUGUAGACAUGCCUACAAAAUCCUUUUUGUUUUGUCAAUCUUUUGUCAAAACCGGUGCUGUUAAAAAUGUUGUCUGCCUAGCACUUAGGUUUGUUCUCAAUUUCUGCUUAAACGUAACCCUGUAGGCGAUGCACUCAACAAGCUGUUAUGCAAGAAAAAAAGUGUUGAAGAACCAAUGCCAGUGUUGCCAUUGUUUGUAAAAAUACAUUUUAAUGUUUGCUGCAAUUUUGCUCUUCUGAGACAAGGCUUGUCAAAUAAACGAACCUGUAUUUUA